ACCAUGCUGGGCCUGGACGCGUGCGAGCUGGGGGCGCAGCUGUUGGAACUGCUCCGGCUGGCGCUGUGCGCUCGAGUCCUUCUGACAGAAAAGGAAGCGGGGCAGCUGCCGCCAGAUGAGGUGCUGGACGAGGCUGUGCCAGGGUACCGGGCCCCGGGGAGGAAGAGCCUCCUAGAGAUCCAGCAGCUGGACCCCGACGAUGAGAGCCUGGCCAAGUACAAGCGGGUGCUUCUGGGUCCCCUGCUGCCGGCCGUGGACCCGAGCCUGCCCAACGUGCAGGUGACCAGGCUGACUCUGAUGUCUGAGCAGGCUCCCGGGCCCAUGACCAUGGACCUCACCGGGGAGCUGGCUGCACUGAAGAAUCAGGUGUUCGUCCUGAAGGAGGGUGUUGAUUACCGAGUGAAGAUCACCUUUAAGGUCAAUAAGGAAAUUGUCAGUGGCCUCAAGUGUCUGCAUCACACCUACCGCAGGGGCCUGCGAGUGGACAAGGCUGUGUACAUGGUGGGCAGUUAUGGCCCAAGAGCCCAGGAGUAUGAGUUUGUAACUCCGGUGGAGGAGGCGCCGCGAGGCGCCCUGGUGAGGGGCGCCUACGUGGUCACAUCCUUCUUCACUGAUGACGACAGGGCAGACCACCUUUCCUGGGAGUGGGGCCUCCACAUCUGCCAAGACUGGAAGAGCUGAGCACCCACCCCCCUGCCCUGCCCCGGAAGCUGUCUCCCCACUCGGGGUCCUUGUUCCCUCUGCCUCUGUCAGUCACUGCACAGGGACCCCCAAGCAUUCUCCAGCCCCCUCGGUCAGUGACCAGACCCCUCAUGCCCUCUGCCCUGUCUCGGGACACCCCCUCCCGGGCCUGGCGCUGUGCCCUGAAUAGCCCUA